AUGGAACAAAAAUGGAAAUUGGGAUUUGGAAAAGCAUCCUCUCGGUUUUUUUUCAACAUUCGUCGUAUUGAACAGAAAUAUAAAGGACUGAAAACAUUGGGCACUAAUGUCGACUUGUGUACUCUUAGAAUGUACCCAGGUGAUGAAGUUAAAAGGGAAGAGGAUUAUCACAGAGCUAUUGAAAGGACUGUAAAAUUUUGGAAUGAGACCGACUUUGGUGAAUCUAGUAUUUCUUCUCCAGAAUGGAGUUCUACUUGUGCUCCUGCAAAGGAUUGUUUGGAUGCAAAUCAGGCUUUUGAAAAAGAGUUUAAACGGAAGAAAGGGUUACGCGUUGCAAUUAAGGAUGCCAAAAAAUUUGAAUCUUUUGUUUUAAAUAACAAGUUAGGAAAGUUUUCUCAAAACUACUUUUUUGAUCAGCAUUAUCUAACUAGAAGUAUUCGGAAAAUUCACGGCUUUAUUCGUGACGAUUCCAAUCAUUUAGUUUCUCGCAAACGCCAAAUUGAAGCCAUAGAUGAUGGCCGGACCAAAAGGCUUAAACUGUCGCAGGAAGAGCGUUUUGUCAGUUACAUGCCAAAUUCAAUGGGAGGCUUUUCGAAAGAAGUUACAGAGAUAUGUGACAGGAUGGUAAUCCAACCGGAAUCGAAGAGUGAUUUCGUUAAGGAUAUAUCCUCUGCUGCUAAACUUAUGAUUGAAGAUAAUAAAAGCGUCUGCAGCGAGGCUCUUUCAGAGAAUCACUACGAAAAACAGUUUCAAUUAUUGAAAAGUGGCAGGUUCCAGAGUUCUAAAGAGAACUUCCAUAGUCCAUUGUUUUCUAUGUUUUGCUCAUUCCCACUCAGCGACGUUCGUGUUUUGAGAGGACUUCGUGUUCUUAAUCACCAGGACUUGAAUGCUGCAAAACGAGGAAGGCUGAGAUCAGUAGAAGGAGUAAAUAAGGCGAAAGUUCUUUGUCCGUAUUGCAGCGAUGAAGAAAAUGAAGACCGGCUCGAUAACUGGUUGAGAGACGUGUCAAAGAGGUUAAGGAACAAGGACUUUGAAGAUCGGGUUGUGUAG